UAUCAUCGCCGUAUCCACCGUACGCCGAGACACACUCUCCUCUCCUCUCCUCUCUCUUCCUGCUGUUAGAAGAAGAAGAAGAAGAAGAUGAGCAAGAUAUAGAACAAUAGUGGGUUCUUCCCUCUUUCCGUCGUCCUGCUUCUCUUUCCCGUAGAUCGCCUGCCUCGUUGAUUGCACUUUCUCUCAUUUAUGACUCUGGGCACCGUCUUCUGUUGCUCCUAUCACCAUCGCUCGGCCCUUCCAAUCCUCUCUCUUUCUCUCUAAAGACAUUUGCACAAAGAGAACAGUUGGAGGAAGAAGAGGGAGAGGAAGCUCGCGAAAGUAGGGUUCUUGGAAGCUUUCGGGGCCUUAACUGCACCAUUUCCUGCUCUAGGACCUUACACCAAUCUCCUUCGGAGCCUAGGUUCUCGCCAUUUCUCGGAAAGGGGCAAGCUUUGGAAGCUGGUGCCCUCCUUAUCUGCCCCUGCCGCUUCUUACGUCACUAUUGACCUUGUCCUGCAUGAAAGAGGGAAUUUGAUGGAGGAAAAUAGAUAAAGGUGCAAUUUUUCUUGUUUUACAGUAUGCGGACCAGCUGGAAAUGACAUUUGCCUCUGGCUUUUCACCAUGGCCUCCGAGUUUCUUGACCUGAGCCUCGAUUCUAGGGUUCGGCUUCGCUUCUGAUUCUUGAGGAGAGGAGGACCAGCUCCUCCUCCGGUGCAUGUAUGGAUGGGAGAGACGCCAUGGCGAUGUCGGGUCCAGCCUACUACAUCGCGCAUCGAGGGAUUCCUGGUUCUCUUGCUGGUUCGCAGCCUGGGUUGCAUGCGGCAGCGCAGCCUGGGGUCCGGUCGCUGCCGAACCCCGGCACGAUUCUGGUCGUCCCGUCCUCUGGUGUUGGUUCCGCGGCGUUUCAGGUAGAGUCUCCGCCAGCGGCCUCGUUACAUGGUGGUGGUGGUGGCGGUCUCGGGGAGGGAGCCAGCCAGACGGAGCCGGUGAAGAGGAAGAGAGGAAGGCCGAGAAAGUAUGGUCCGGAUGGGAGUGUAGCUUUGGCACUUUCGCCUAUUUCGUCGUCCGCUCCUCCUUCCGCAACGGUGAUCGGAUCGGAGACAGCUUCGGGCGCUGGCGCUCCUACCCCGAAGCGGGGGAGAGGGCGACCUCCAGGCACUGGAAGGAAGCAACAGUUAGCAUCACUUGGUGAAUGGGUUGUUGGUUCGGCCGGAAUGGGUUUUACUCCACAUGUCAUAACAAUCGUGAUAGGAGAGGACAUUGCUGCAAAGAUAAUGUCAUUUUCACAGCAGGGACCAAGGGCUGUAUGUAUCCUCUCAGCAAAUGGUGCUGUGUCCACUGUGACCCUUCGACAGUCUGCAACUUCUGGUGGGACAGUCACUUAUGAGGGCCGUUUUGAAAUACUCUGCUUGUCUGGUUCAUACAUGCUGACCGACAACGGUAAUGGAUCACGAAGCAGAACUGGAGGACUGAGCAUAUCCCUUUCUAGUCCUGAUGGUCGAGUAAUCGGUGGUGGUGUAGCAGGACUGCUUAUAGCUGCAACCCCUGUACAGGUAAUUGUAGGAAGCUUCAUUUACGCUGGAUCGAAGGCAAGGAGCAAACAGAAAGCCAGCAAUGAAACAGGUGCCCAAUCAUCCGAACUCCAGGUUGGGGAUGAGCAAAGUGCACCAUAUGCCGCAAUUCCCGAUCAAAAUGUUACCCCUUCUUCUGUCAUGGGGGGAUGGCCUGGUUCGAGGCAGUUGGAUAUGAGGAAUGCUCAUAUCGAUAUCGACUUAACACGAGGCUAGCUUGCUACUUACUAAUGGUUGUGUCAAAGUGGUGUUGUUCACGAGUCAUCAUUCGGUGGACUCGCAGCAACUCAAGUCUUAAGUUCAACUCAUGCUAACAUGCCUUCUGUUCCAGACAUCACCUGGUGCUUGUUAGAUUAGUUUGCUGUUCAUGUGCUGUAUGUUUAACAAUUAAGCUAUGUAUCUGUUCAAUACAUGCUAUGUUGUGUUGUGCUGUUAAUGUAGGUGGUGAAAUUUUGUUGAAAGACAGACAUUCUCAUCUCAAUGUAGCUGUUACUGGUGAUCAUGUUCUCUUUGCAUUCGUUGUCUUUUUGAA